GCAGCCACCUGUGUCUUUUAUAACCAACAGAGUGAAUUUAUAAAGAAUUACAUAGAAAUUAGAACGAAAGUGUGAAACCAUUAAGUGUGAACAAAAUAAUAACCAGAAAUGUGAUCUUGUAUGGAGAAAGUCAUGCAGAGGGAAAAUAUAUAUACCGAAUUUGUAACGAAACAAAUAUGAGGCCUGGUUUGACCACCCUCUGGUUUUGGUCAGUCCUAGCUGCUAUAUGCUGUCUAAUAAUACCCAAGAAUACUGUUUCUGGCGAAAAGUUGUCUGAUUACCUAUGGAGUGAAACAAAUGAGCUUCAGCAGGCUGCACUGGACACUUACGUAGUUCAAGGUCUCAAAAAUGGGUCAUUAGAUCCAUCUGAUUUCGGGGCUUACAUGGUCCAGGAUGCCAUUUAUACGCAUUCCUCGAAAGAAAGUAUUGAUGUGACCAUCGGUAAAACAACCGAUCCGGAUCUCAAACAGUUCUUACAGGAAAAAGCUAAAAGCUACGAGAGUCUUUACAUAGACCUCUUCAAACAAUGGCAUAUCGAUGACCCACACGGAAUCAAGCUAGGAAGUGCCUGUGAAAAUUACACAAAUCACCUAAGCAAUGUUGCAAAGACUAUGGAGCCUGCCUAUCUUGUUGUUGCUAUGGUACCUUGUGUAAAACUUUGGCCAUGGAUUGGUACGCAAAUCAAAGCAGAUUUUAAUAGCUUUGGUGUCUAUACAAAAUGGAUACGGGAAAAUUUUGAUCCGGAAUACAAAGGAUAUCAGGUGUAUGAUUUAAUGGUUGACGAUGCAUACAGGGAAGGAACGAUUGAUAAAGAUAUUGCGCUCUCUGUGUACGUUGCAAGCAUGAAAGGAGAAGUGGACUUUUUCGGGCUGCUGUAAAAUUGUUUGACUCAGCAAUGGACUAGUUUGACUGAGAGAUAGAACAAGAUCAUCUAUAUAUUACUCUUGUCGUACAAAUGUAUCUUGUUUUUUUAUCAUUAUUUCUAUUCUAAUUGGAAAUAGACUUUUAUCACAAUGUAUCGUGCAACUGAUGGAAACGCGCAAUUGGUCAUAUCUAUGAUUUAUAUUGAAAAGGGAAGAUCAAAGAAGUACUUGUUAAGAGAACUUGUAAAACUUGUAGAAAUGCACAUACUUUGUUUAUACAUGUAAUAAGAUGAUAUUACAGAGAAUAAUUAAUAUAACGUUAUCAUAUAACUGUAGAAAACUGUAAGAAUAGUAUAGGUGUACAUUAGAAAGAAUAAAUCUUACAAAGG